CGCGUCGAGUCACUUCCUGCUCAGCCUCAGAGUUCUUCAGGUUCAGGGCUGCAGCAGACAGCAGCUGGAUGUUUCCUGAUGUCUCCAGAUGUUUCCUGAGGUUUCUUAGAAAAAACUUCCAGGUUUUUUCUAAGAAAUUUCUGAGAUUAAUCCCAAAUCCUGAGGUUUCUCCUGCUGGUUCUGUUCUGCUGAAAUGGGCCGCUGCUCCCUGGAGCGGCUCUUCCUCAUCUGGACCCUGAUGAUUCUCCUCGGUGGAUUCUGCUUCGAAAUAACAGUGAGACACUUUGAGCUGAAACCAUGUGAGGAAAAUGACCGGAUCUGCGUCACCGAGCUGAGAGACUGCAAACCUCCGCCGCCUUCACCUUCACAGAAGAUGCUGAACAUGUCCUGUCACUACCAGCAGACUGCAGACGGAGUCCGAUCUGUGAGCUGCAGCUGGAGCCAGCAGGCUGCGAGUCGGUCCUCGCUCGUCUUCACCAGCGAGUUACAAGUCUCUUCCUGUCUGGGGAUCUUCAACCCGACGGCCCUCCUGGGUUCGCUCCGGGUGACGGCCCGGAUACGGAACUACCUGACCAGGACAGACGAAUGGUCUCAGCCUCAGUUCCUGUCGGGUGCAGUCAAAACUUCCCGUCAUAAUUUAGCUCUCAUCAGUUCAAAGUCUGUGAUCGGGAGCGACAGGAGAGGAGACCCGGACAGAGUUCCCUCCAGGCCUGCAGAGUUGUGUUACAGAGUGGAGAAAACAGGCGAUGAUGAGUCUCUCCUCCUUCAUCUCAUCUGGAUGGGUUCUGAUCCAGGUCGGGUCCUCGGGUACCAGGUCAGCAUCGACCCAAACGAACUCGUUCAAAAUGUCACCGAGACGACUUUUCUCCUGGUGGUGAAGGAGGGGAACUACAGCGCCACAGUUCGGGCCUUCAACGCAGCCGGUUUUGGACCCGCAACCCGACUUCAGAUCGACACACAGGAUCAGAACUCUCGACUCUCUGUGGGGAACUUGUGGAUUUCCAGUGGUUAUCCUGAAAUCGAAGAGCUGCAGGUCCGGUGGACGACCGCCGCCACUCCGCCUGGCAGCCAUGUUGUCGUUCAGUGGCGCUCAGAGAAGAACCCGUCCAGCAGCCGAUGGGUCAGAGUCAACGGUUCCAGUUCCUCUGCUGUCAUCACAGGUGUUGACCCUGAUGAGCCGUACCUGGUCAGCGUGUUCCCCGUCUAUAACCAGGAGUACGGACCUCCUCGGUCUCUGGCCGCCAGUCUGCAAUCUGGAGCCCUGAUGGAGGUCGUCAGUCUGAAGGUCGUCAGCGUCACUAAAACCACGGUAACCGUCGCGUGGGCGUGGCAAAGGAAACCCAGACCAAUCAAAGUGGACCGAUACCGAGCGAUGCUGAGGAGAGACACCGACACACAAACUCUGUCUUUGUGGCCGGACCGACAGCAGCACACCUUCUCCAACCUGACUCCCAGCACUGAGUAUUCUCUGCUCCUAUUGGCUGACGAUGUUUCCAGAAUCAUCAUCCCUGUGGCCACUCUCUAUGAUGAAGUUCCAGUGGUUGCCAUGGUGACUCCUCUGCUGCUCGUGGUCGUCAUGGUGACGAUCAUCUCCGUCCUCUCCAGAACUCUAUGCAAGUCGUUCUUCUUCCCGACGAUCUCCAGCCCUAGAGAAAGCACAGCAGGCCAGUGGCUGCUCCACCCGAACCUGAAGACAUGUGCAGAGAGGAACUUCCUGGAUGUGGCCGACUUCCAGGUGACGGACGUUUUAGGACAGAAGCAUCUGAUCCUGGUUCGCCCAAACGGUCUGCAUAAGGAGAAGUCUCUGCCACCAACCAGCAGCCUCUCAGUCAAACUGGACACUGUGGACAUUACUGGUUCCAAACCAAUCACAGGACACGAGUGGGACGUUCGGCCAAUCACAGAGCAGCAGCUGCUCUCUCUUCAGUCAGUUUUUACGUCGGAGAUCGGAGGAACCGAAGUUCCUCUGCUGCAGCAACAGGAAGAGAGCAGCCGCUCUCCUCAGAGCGAGGAAGAAGUUAAUCCACCCCAUCAUCAUCAUCAUCAUCAUCAGGCUUUCACGUUCCGGUUUCCAGAACUCCUGACGGACUUCCUGGAGCAACCAGAACUGGUGACUGGACCGCUCGAACCGGUGCCUGAGGUCGAGUAUUUAACAAACGGCUGCUUCAGAGCAGAACCAGCAGCUGGAUCAGAACCUUCAGUACCAGUCCUGCAUUAACUCAGAGGUGGAACACUGACCCCUAGAGGCUGAACAGUCCAUGACAACACAAACAGAAAACUGCUUUAAUGAGUUACUGAACCUUCGUUCUAAAUAUAAAAGUAAAAACAAUGUAUUCAUUUAGAUCUUUUAUUUGUUUAGAGAGCCAACAUGUGCAGCACUGGUUUAAAUUUAAUGUAGGAAAAAUUAAUCAGUAAAAAAGUUUGACAUUAAUAAAAACAGUUUUAUGAACCAAAAGGACACAAAAGAUUUUUUUUUUCUUUUAACUGUUGUUUUUAUCCAGUUAAAUUAGUCAAGAUAAGUCAGGGAAUUUAUUAAACAUUUUUUCAAAACUUUUUAAGGUUUACUUCCCUGGAAAAAUGACUUUUCUUUGCCGAUGAUGAUGAUCUGUUCAUCGCUAGCAGAUUUCUUCCUCUGUGGUUUCUCUUUGUGUUGCAGCUUUGUGUAAAUGUUUGUUUCUCUUCAAGUAAAACCUGAAGCACUGUGUGGAGAUCAGUCUAUAGA